GCCUGCGCGGGAGGAAAAGGCGUGAGAGAGUGUGUGAGGCGGAGAGGAAAGGGGGGAGCGGAGGAAAUAGCCGCGUCGCUUCGCGUGAGGGAGGGGAUGGAGCGGAGCCGAGCCCUGGCCGGGAAGUUGUGCUGAGAGAGGGAGGAGGAGGAGGAAGGGAGGGAGGCCAGGGCGAGGCGGAGGAGAAGGAGAAAGCCGGGUGUCUUCCGCCCAGAGAGGCCAGGAGGGAGGAUGGAGCAAGAGGAGAUCCUGAGGAAAUUCAUCCAGCGCGUCCGGGCCAUGAAGGACACCGACCACAAUGGGGAGGACAACUUCGCCACAGACUUCAUGAGGCUGAGGAGGCUGUCAACAAAGUAUAGAACAGAGAAAAUCUAUCCAACAGUCACUGGAGAAAAAGAAGAAAAUGUGAAAAAGAACAGAUACAAAGAUAUCCUGCCAUUUGACCACAGCCGAGUUAAACUGACUUUGAAAACUCCUCCACAAGAUUCAGACUACAUCAACGCAAAUUUUAUAAAGGGAGUAUAUGGGCCAAAAGCGUAUGUUGCUACCCAAGGACCACUAGCAAAUACAGUAAUAGAUUUCUGGAGGAUGAUAUGGGAGUACAACGUUACAAUUAUUGUAAUGGCUUGUCGAGAGUUUGAAAUGGGAAGGAAAAAAUGUGAACGUUACUGGCCUCUGUAUGGGGAAGAAGGCAUUAGUUUUGGAUCAUUUCAUAUUUCUUGUGAAGCUGAGCAAGUCAGAACUGACUACUAUAUUAGAACUUUGUUAUUCGAAUUCCAGAAUGAAACACGUAGGAUAUAUCAGUUUCAUUAUGUCAAUUGGCCUGACCAUGAUGUUCCUUCAUCUUUUGAUUCUAUUUUGGACAUGAUCAGUUUAAUGAGAGAAUAUCAAGAACAUGAAGAUGUUCCUAUUUGUAUACAUUGCAGCGCAGGGUGUGGAAGAACAGGAGCCAUCUGUGCCAUAGAUUAUACAUGGAAUUUGUUGAAAGCUGGGAAAAUACCAGAGGAGUUCAAUGUGUUCAGUUUAAUUCAAGAAAUGAGGACACAGAGACAUUCUGCAGUACAAACGAAGGAACAGUAUGAACUUGUUCAUCGAGCCAUUGCACAGUUGUUUGAAAAACAACUGCAAAAAUAUGAGAGUUGUGCAAACUUGAAAAUUGCAGAUGGCCUGAAUGAAGUUAACACAGAGAAUACUGAGAGUUCUGCAGACCUUGAGCAACAGGAUUCUCCUCCACCAAAGCCACCUCGAACUCGCAGUUGCCUUGUAGAGGGUGAUGUUAAAGAAGAAAUCCUUCAGCCACCAGAGCCUCAUCCAGUACCGCCCAUUCUGACACCAUCGCCUCCUUCAGCCUAUCCCACGGUCACAACAGUUUGGCAGGACAAUGAUAGAUACCACCCAAAGCCUGUAUUGCAUAUGGUUUCUUCAGAACAUCCAACUGACCUCAAUGAAAACUACAAUAAAUCAACAGAACACCCAGGGAAGAGUGAAGUCUCUGAACACACAGAGAAAAAGCUGGAGCGCAACUUGAGCUUUGAAAUUAAAAAGGUACCUCUCCAAGAGGGACCAAAGAGCUUUGAUGGCAACACCCUCUUGAAUCGCGGACAUGCAAUUAAAAUUAAAACUGGCUCAUCUUGUGUUGUAGAUAAGACUGUCAAACCACAGGAGAUCGGCUCAGGAGAUGCACCCACAGAUUCCUUACAAAACUCUUGUGUAGAAUGCAAUGUACAACCACUUAAUAAAUCUGUAGCAUCCUCAUCAGAAGGAUGUCAGUGUAUAGGAAGUUCUGAUGCUCUGCAAAGACCAGAUUGUUUACCUCUUAAAGAGAAAGGGCAUGCAACAUGGUCAUUACAAGGAACUAACAACAUACAUCCCGUACCAGAGGACACAUCUUCAGUUGUUUUAUGUCAUGGUGUUAAAAAUCUGUCAUUAGUACCGGACGCACAGUCUCAAACGGAUCUCCCUUCCAUUGAACCAGCCAAUCAUCACAGUGGCAUGCUUUCAAUAAGAGCUCCCCUUUGUUUUACAAAUCCUCUACAUUCUGAUGAUUCUGAUACAGAUGAAAAAGAUGCCGAUGGAUGUGUGACACAAAACAUGUCUAAUGUUUCAACUGCGAGUGCCACAGUUUCUGCAGCAGCCAGUGCAGAAAAUGUUUCUAGUAGAAAAGUAUUGCCAAUGUCCAUUGCAAGGCAGGAUAACCCACCCACAAGACAUUCUAGAGGUGAUAAAGAUGCAGGUGCUGCUGAAGACUCUUCCCCUCCUUUGCCAGAAAGAACUCCAGAGUCUCUUGUCCUUGCAGGCGAACAGAUUACGACUUUACCGAAAGCUGUUAUCCUUCCGCGAUCUGCUGAAUGGAGUUUGUUACAAGACGACAACACUUUAGAACAACCAAAAUGUACAGAAUUGAAAACUGCUGGAUCCGCACAGCUUGAUCAUACUGAAAUGGAAGACAAAUCACAAACUGAUGCUAUACCUCAGCCGCCUCUUUCCAACCCUACUGCUAAAAGAGGUCUAGUCUCAGAAGGGCCCGUUGAGACUACAGAUAUUGGUUUUGGUAACCGUUGUGGGAAACCAAGAGGACCAAGAGAGCCACCAUCUGAAUGGACAUGAUGCAAGAACAAAUGGACAUAUAUUAAAUUAUACUGGAAUAUUCAAGUGCCACUGAAGUAGAUCAAUAGUAUUCCACGCUUUUUUGGGGGGGAGGGGGUAGAAACUAACACAGUGUACAUACACACACAAUGGUACACUCUUGUAUACAUGAACACAAACAGUAACAUUCACAGCAGUGGAUUCUAGUAUUGCAAUCUAACUUUUUACUGGGGCCAUCAAUCUGCCUUAUUACAUUUAGGAGAAAGUAUUACAUAUGGUUUAUUUUAUUACUUCAAGUAUUAUUGCCUUAAUGUCUUUUAAACUUGUUACACACUGUUUCUAGACAUGUUGCUAUGGUGAAACUUUUGACAAAUUGAGUUUAUGGACUACUUUUUGCUAAAGUUUUGAUUAUCCCGUAUCCUUUAUUUUGUAUAUGUACAGGGCAAGCAGGUAUAUGAUUUGAUAAAGCUGCAAUCAUAAAGUAUUAACAGAAGAUGUAAGAAAUCUCUGCAUGACCUAAAUUUUCAUGUAUCUUGUAAAUUAUUUGCCCUACUGUUUUAGUAAAUGGUUUUGUUUUUCUUUUGCUUUUUAAAAAUGUGUUGGGCACACAAACAGAAUACCAGGAUAGCAGAGAUGAAGAUUGUAAUACAUUUUGUAAAUUGUAAACAAAAAGUUAUUUUUAUAUUAUAUACUGUUUUAACUGUU